AUGGAGCAGACAGUGGUGCUGAUCACAGGAUGCUCCUCGGGGAUAGGCCUCAGUCUGGCCGUCCGGCUGGCCUCGGAUCCAGCGAAAAUGUACAAAGUCUAUGCCACCAUGAGGAAUCUUGCCAAGAAGGAGCGUCUGCUGGACUGUGUGAAGGGCCUGCACAAGGACACCCUGGACAUCCUCCAGUUGGACAUCACUGACCAGGGGUCCAUUCUGGAUGCCAGGGACAGGGUCAGGGAGAAGAGGGUGAACAUUCUGGUGUGUAAUGCUGGUGUGGGGUUGAUGGGGCCGUUGGAGGCCCAGUCCCUGGCCACCAUGAGGCAGAUCCUGGAAGUCAAUCUCCUGGGCACCAUCAGCACCAUCCAGGCCUUCCUACCAGGGAUGAAGGCCCAGGGCCACGGACGCAUCCUGGUCACUGGCAGCAUCGGUGGGCUAAAGGGACUCCCCUUUAAUGAGGUGUACUGUGCCAGUAAGUUUGCAGUAGAGGGCGCCUGUGAGUGUCUGGCCAUUCUCCUGCAGCACUUCAACAUCCAUGUGAGUCUUAUUGAGUGCGGCCCUGUCAACACGGAUUUCCUGGACAACCCGCAGAGGGCAGAGCCAGGGGACUGUUCACUGCAGCAGGUCGACGCCCACACACGCAGCCUCUAUGACACGUACCUGCAACACUGUGGGAUGGUGUUCCAGAAUGCAGCUCAGGACACAGAGGAUAUUGUGAAGGUAUUUCUGGAUGCCAUCCAGUCAUCGAACCCUGCAUUCAGAUACUACACCAACAAUGCCCUCCUGCCCCUCAGCAGCCCUAAGAUCUCAGCACUGGACGGGUCCCAGUACAUCAGAACUAUGAGCAAGAUCAUCUUCUCAACCAACGGGAAAGAGGAACAAAAAUAGCCAUAAAACUAUAGAAUGUAAUAUAACCCUUUACUUUAUACAUACAUAGGCUAUAUAUAAGUUAUACAUAUUAUUUGCAUUG